GAGUAAUAUAGUACCCGUACUUUAUUUGUUUUCAGUCUUACGCCUAGAAACUUCCGCGGAAAGCACAACUCGAGGAAAUUGGCGGUCUCUUAGCACAGCAACCAUUUCUCCAUUUCUGAAGAUUAGUCUUCUUCAAUCGGUUCUGGCCAUCCUCUGUCCGGCGGACGUCAGGUUCGGUCUCUUAGCACAGAAACCAUUUCUCCAUUUCUGAAGAAUAGCCUUCUUCAAUCGAUUCUUGGCAUCCUCUGUCCAACGGAGGUCAGGUUCGUGUUUCUCAAAUCACACCUCUUACUAUGUCUAUAAGAUAUAAAACUUUAGAUAUAUUUCUUCUUUGUUAUCAUACCGAGGCAUAUCACUUGACACCGCGCUCAAGAGACCUAGGAGUGUUACUUUUAAUAGUGAAACCAACAUUGCAUUUUGUUCAUGUAGUAAAUUUGAGUUUGAAGGGAUCUUGUGUGCUCACAUACUGAGAGUUUUUGAUAUGUUAAACAUAAAUGAACUCCCUGAUUACUACAUUUUGGAUAGAUGGAAGAAGGGCUCACGUAGGGGAAUUGUACUAGAUGCAUACGACAUUGAGAUUUGUGAAGAUCAUAGAAAGGCUUUGGUAGGGAGAAAUGGGAAAGCACUUGAUGCUUUUCUUAGCGGGUUUUAUGAGUUGUCUUCCGAGUCUAUAGAGGAUCAAGAAGUUGGUCUCCACCUUCUUGAAGAGUGGCGGUUGAAAUUUAAAGACCACCUUUCAAAGAAUACCUCUAACCAAAGUGCAAAAAAGCAUCAUCACGACCCUCCAGAGUCUUUAGAAUUUGUUGAACCGGAUCAUGCAAGGCAUAAAGGUUGUGGUAAACGACUAAAAUCGUCAAUAGAAAAGGCGACAUCUCUCAAUAGAAUAUGUAGCGUUUGUAAAGGAAACGGUCAUGAUAAGCGCAAUUGUCCCAAGUUUGCAAGUGGGAAGUGUAAAGAAGCACAAGUUCUGAACAAAGCUCAAAACUCUUAACAUACUUCUCUCAAGAUGUCUCUACUGGUUUCGUUGUGUAUUUUAUGGAGGAGCUAAAAAUGUAACUUUUUGUCAUUCUGAAAUACUACUUUCUACCUUGUUUUGGUGUCUGAAAUACUCUCUACCUUGUGCUGGUGUUAUAUGAUAUUGCUUCUUGUCUUAGUCUGCAUCACUUUUAUUGUCAUAGUUUAUUGACAUCAAACCUAGAUUUGAA